AUGGCUGCUCGAUCUCUCCCCAGAAGCCUCUCGAGGCAGCUGGCCCUUGUCAGACCCUAUGGAACGGUGCAGAGCAGCAUCCCCAAGCCGGUGGCUUCUGCUUCGUCUCCAGCCGCAGUCGCACCAUCUCCCACGAGCUCGCUGCCGGCAGCACUGCAGGAUGCGAUUGCGGCCAGCGCGCCCCGUACCUCCUGGACCCGCGAGGAGAUCACCCAGAUAUACCAGACUCCCCUUAACCAGCUGACUUUUGCUGCCGCCGCUGUUCACCGUAACUUUCAUGAUCCGGCGGCUAUUCAGAUGUGCACGUUGAUGAACAUUAAGACCGGUGGAUGUAGUGAGGACUGCUCAUACUGCUCUCAAUCGUCAAGAUACGAUACCGGCCUCAAGGCAACAAAACUAAUCAGUGUUGACUCUGUCCUGGAGGCUGCUCGCAUUGCCAAGGAGAAUGGGAGCACCAGAUUCUGCAUGGGUGCUGCAUGGCGUGACAUGCGUGGCCGCAAGUCCAACCUGAAGAACAUCAAGGCGAUGGUCAGCGGUGUGCGCGAGAUGGGCAUGGAGGUCUGUGUCACACUCGGCAUGAUUGAUGGCGAACAGGCAAAGGAGCUGAAGGAGGCUGGUCUGACUGCCUAUAACCACAAUGUCGAUACAUCCAGAGAAUUCUACCCUUCCAUCAUCACUACCCGGUCUUACGAUGAGCGUAUUCAGACUCUUGGCCAUGUCCGCGAUGCUGGAAUAAAUGUCUGCUCUGGCGGUAUUCUUGGCCUUGGUGAGGAAGACUCUGACCGUGUGGGGUUGAUUCAUACUGUUGCAACCCUGCCUGCUCAUCCAGAAUCUUUCCCUGUCAAUGCCCUGGUGCCUAUCAAAGGCACUCCUCUAGGUAAUAGGAAGAUGAUCGAAUUUGACAAGCUGCUGCGAACAGUUGCUACGGCUAGAAUUGUCCUUCCUGCCACCAUCGUUCGUCUAGCAGCUGGCCGUAUCUCCUUGACAGAGGAGCAGCAAGUUACGUGCUUCAUGUCUGGUGCAAAUGCCAUCUUCACUGGUGAGCGAAUGCUUACUACCGACUGUACCGGUUGGGAUGAGGAUAAGAAGAUGUUCGACAAAUGGGGAUACUAUCCCAUGAAGAGCUUUGAGCGUGGAGAAUACAAGGGAAUUGCGGAAAAUCAAUCUUCUUCAGUUAGCAACGUCGCCGAACCGGCCCAGCCUGCUGCAGCCCCAGCUUCAUAG